UUAGCUACCGACUGCACGUGCAGGGCACACGGCAUUGGUCCACGAGAGACGAGGCGCUGGAGAGUAAACAGAGGGGAGAGAGGGAGAUGGAUUUAUCAUAUACAGGAGGGGGAGAGAGACGAGCAUCACAAUUUUAAUUGCAGGACAGAAGCAACAUAAAUUCUAACAGGUUUAAAAAGUAGUCCAUGUCACUGACAGUGACAGGGAGGUUUGUUUGGGUGUUUCAGCACUGGACAGCUCUCCCCGCGUGUCUCCUCGUCACACGCGCGCUUCUGGCACGUGCGCCGGGACGAUGAGCAUCUCUCAGAGCCGGUGGGGGGCACGAGCAGAGCGCAUGGCGCACUCCCACCACCAUCCUCCCCACAACUGCUGCCGCUAAAACCUCGAGAGAUGAGCACAUAUGCUGGUAUACCGGAGUUCCUCCUGGAGGUGUCCAUAGUGGUGAUCGCCGUGGUCUCGCUGCUGACGAACGUGUCCGUGCUGCUAUGCUUGACCCAGAGCGCCGAGCUGAGGUCGCACGUGCCCGGGCUCUUCAUCCUGAACCUCUCCUUCUCCAACAUCAUCCUCGCCAUCGUCAACAUGCCCGCCACUUUCCUCGGGGUGGCCCAGAGCGCAAAGCCCUUCAGCCACUUGUUCUGCCGGGCUGUGAGUUUCGCGGAGACUUUCCUCACCACUAAUGCCAUGUUGAGCAUGGCCGCGCUCAGCGUGGACAGGUGGAUAGCGGUGGUGUUUCCCCUGAGUUACUCCAGCAAGAUGCGCUACAGGGACGCGCUCCUGAUCGUGGCGUACUCGUGGCUACACUCGCUCGCGUUUUCUGUCUCCCAGCUGCUGAUGGACUGGGGGGGAUACAGCCACACUUACGCCUCCUGCACGCUGCACCUGGCCGGGGAGGAGAGGUCGCUGCAGCUCGCAGCCUAUACGACCUUCACGGUGCUGUUCCACCUCAGCAGCUUCGCGCUCUGCCUCUUCGUCCUGUGCUUCGCUUACCUGAAAGUUCUGAGAGUGGCCAGGUCCCACUGCAAGAGGAUAGAUGUGAUCACAGUGCAGACCCUGCUGCUGCUGGUCGAUAUUCACCCCAGUGUGAAGGAGAGAUGUCUGGCAGAACAGAAGAAGAGGAGGCAGCGCGCCACUAAGAAAAUUUGCAUCUUCAUCGGCUCCUUCAUCCUCUGCUAUUCACCCUAUGUUAUAACAAGGUUGGUGGAGUUGUUGCCCUCCAUGCACAUCCCUCGAUACGUAGGUAUCGCCACCAAAUGUCUGUCCUAUGCCAAGGCCUCCAGUGACCCGUUUGUCUACUGUCUGCUGCGGCAUCAGUACAGGAAGGUCCUGGUCAGUGUCAUCAGCCGGGUUCUGAGAAAGGAUCGUUACUCGCUGUCUGCCCACAGCAUUAGCAGCACACUGGACACCGCAGACGAUUCCUGCAUUGCCAGAAUUACUUGAGCUCAAUGUGCUAGUUUUUAAGUGAAUCAUUACCUUCAUCACCUUCUGCAGGAAGGUUCAGAGGUCAGGCACUUUAGAAAGUAGCUGCCCCGCCGAUGGAAAGGUGUCAUUGCCUUGCUCAAGGACACUUGAGGGCUUGAACCAUGGGACUGUUCAAGCCAGUGUAGACAGUGAGACCUCUGAUGUUUGCCAAAGGCCCUUCUCAGAGUGUUGUUCCCACAGGGCUCAUCACUUUACCUGCUGAGGCAUUGCCAAAGAUACACCACAUGAAAACCACAGCACUAUACCAUCAAUGGAAAUGUAUGUUUUAAAUAAUCUUACAUUUGUCAGGAAGUGGUCUUCAUGUUUCAGUGAAAAACUUGGAAACAAAAAUUAUUCUGAUGACUGUUUUGAUGCUAAUAUUAAAGAUUGUGACAUGUUUAAAAAGAAAUGUGUGAGGAUGUUAUAUCAUAGCAAAAAACACAGAUUAAAUAAUAAACUCCACUGUCACAGAUACACUGAGUCUGCUGUUUGAAUAAAGCAUCAUUAGAUGUCUAAUAAUAUAAUGAUACUGUUGGAUGUAUCUAUUAUAUAUUA